UGUAAAUCCAUUAAUAACAAACCUUUCUCUUCUCCCAACAGUAGAUCUGUUUGUAUGUGUCAAUAGCUAUAGCUAUAGCAAUAGCAAUUUCUUUUCACAGAUUUGUUGAAUUUGUCUUUUGAUUUAUUUUUUAUUUCGGAUCUAAAGUUUUUGCGAUGGCCGGAGUUGCCGUUCUUCAACCACAGGAUGUUCUCAAACAACAACGCGUAAGUUAUCGUCCACAACCUAUGAGAUCUAGACGAAAUUCCAGUUCUAACCCUAUACCAAACCCUAACCCUAACCCUAAGAACAACAACAGAAGAAAACGAAGUCCACAAAAGAAUGGAUCGGCUUCUACUCCUCAUCUGGUGAUGGGUGAGGUGAAGAUUCUGAAGCGCGGUGAAGCCUUGACCAAUAACACGGACAAGGUUGUUGUUAAGGAAAAGAAGAAAGUGGUAUCAGAUUUGGUGUUGUCGACUACAGAUCGGCUUGGUCCAGAGCCUGAUAUGGUGCCCAAGCAGAUGAAUUUUUAUGCUGGAUCGGCUUUUGUCUCCUCGCCGCCACCUAGCUCUUUGCCUGUACCGGCUUUCUUCAAGAAGACAAGUGACGCUACAACUGACUUGAGGCGUCUUCUCAGGCUCGAUCUCGAAUGACUAGAUGAAUUUGCAGUUAUGAAUAAGAAGUUUGUGUUUUGCUCCCACCUCGUGACAGCUUCCCUUAUUUUUUCAAGGGGAAGGACGACUUGGCAAAGCAAUUUCCUCAAAUUUCCUUAGUUUAAAUCCUUUGUUAAGUAGAUCUAGCUAAUAGGUUGUUUUUGUGGGUUGGAUUAGAAUAUAGUGUAGUAACUGUAUAGUCUAAUCAGCAAGUUUGGGUCUUUACUUUUAAGCAUUUGUUGUUUUAAGUAUUGUAGGGCUUAGUACGUCUAGUUUCAGUGGAGCGCUAUGUAAUACCCUUCUGUAAUUUAUAUGUCUUAUUUGGUUUUAUAUGUAUCUACCCUAGUUUAUGUUUUAUGAAAGCAGUAAUUAGUAUGAUUAAAAGUUUUGUGUAA